AUGAGGAUUACUUCCUCCCCAGUUAUCACUGGUGGAAAAGAAGCGGACUGUGGGCCCUCUCUUGGAGUGGCAGCAGGCAUUCCAUCCGUGGUGGCCACUGCCCUGCUGGUGGCCUUGCUGUUUACGGUGAUCCGCCAGCGAAGGCGCAGGGAGCCUGCUGAGGAAAAUGACAGACCAUGUGAAAUUUCUGAAAUCAGUGACAAUCCCAAGAUAUCAGAGAAUCCUGGGCGGCCACCCCGACCUGAGAGGAACACCACAGGCCCCCAAGAGGCCCACAUCUACGUGAAGACAGUGUCGGGAAGUGAGGAGCCCCUGCCUGAUGCCUACCGGCCCCCAGAAGCCCUGGAACGCAGGAGGGGCCUGUGGUGGCUGGUGCCCAGGCUGAGUCUCGAAUGA